GCAGGCAGCUCUUGGGCUGUGACGUUGUGCUGGCUCCAAGCCUGGAAGCCUUGGGGCACAGGAAAGAAACAGCCUGACACCGCUCUGACACAACAGUCAGAUGUUUCACGAAGUUAAUCAUCAGCAAAAUACAAAUCAAUAAAGAAUGUAUUUGCUUUAGAGAACUCUAUCUUCUAGCUACUAUCCUGUAAAGACUGGGGAAGACCUACAUAUCAGGCCUUGAGAAGAAAAACCAUGGACAGACCAGUCACUGCUGGCCAGCUUAAAGAAAAAUCCCUGUUCCAGGAAAGCGAUGGCAGUGCAGUUCCUGCCAAGACUGUGUGCCAUAAUUGUUCAAAACUAAAGAUUUUUCUUGGAGCUCUAGCUUUUUCCUUUUUUGCCAAAGGAUUUUCUGGAAGCUACAUGAAGAGCAUGUCCAGUCAAAUCGAAAGGAGAUUUGAAAUCUCCUCAUCGAUUGUUGGCAUUAUUGAUGGCAGCUUUGAGAUAGGUAACUUAAUGGUGAUGGUGUUGGUGAGCUACCUUGGACCAAGAGUUCAUCGGCCAAAAAUAAUUGGUGUUGGGUGUCUCAUCAUGUCCGUAGGAGCUUUUUUGUCAGUGAUGCCUCAGUUCCUAAUGGGACGUUACAAUUAUGAAAGGAUAACUGUUAGUGUGGACAACUCCUCCACGAGUGUGUCAGCUUGCUCCCCAGCAUCGUCUGAGGGCCCUCCAGUCACAGAUGCUACAGAAACACUCAGCACAGUGAUAAAUGCUGGAUGUGAGAAAAAAACAGAUUCCUAUCUGUGGCUCUUUGUGUUGGUGGGGAACCUUCUACGUGGAAUUGGGGAAGCACCAAUUAUGCCACUGGGAAUUUCAUAUAUUGAUGAUUUUUCUAAAGAAGAAAACUCAGCAUUUUACAUAGGCCUGGUGAGAUCCUCAGGCAUGUUUGGGCCGACGCUGGGCUUCCUGCUUGGCUCGUUCUGUGCCAGUCUCUGGGUUGACAUCGGCGUUGUGGACAUUGAUGUCAUCAGCAUAAAUCCUAAGGACACCCGUUGGGUUGGUGCCUGGUGGCUUGGAUUGCUUAUCUGUGGAGCAGUCAACUUCAUUGCUUCAUUGCCUUUCUGGUUUUUGCCCUAUUCCUUACCAAAAGAAGGAGAGAAUGAAAACUUGAAGAUUAGUCACUUGUCUGUUCAAGGAGAUCACUGUAAAAUAGACCCCCCAGCUCACCCACAGUUAAAGUUCUCAGAGGCAGUAAAAGAUUUCUUGCCAGCACUCAGGAAACUGUUUGGAAAUCCAAUUUUUGCGGUGUUCAUCUUCCUCACUAUUCUGCACUACAAUUCCCUUGUUGGGAUAAUAACCUAUGAGCCAAAGUUUAUGGAGCAGCAAUUUAAUGUAUCAGUGGCAAAAGCCAUCUUUCUAAUUGGUGUGAUACUUUUACCUGUCACGGUCCUGGGGAUGUUUCUAGGAGGCUUCCUGAUCAAGAAAUUCAAGCUUCACGUAACUGAUAUGGCCAAGUUUGCGUGCAUCACCUUUAUAAUGGCGUAUUUGCUGAACCUCUUGUACUUCACGUGCAGCUGUGAGGUGCUGCAGGUGGCUGGUCUGACAGCACCCUACUCUGGAAUGAAGCACCUUUCCUCCAGCAAGCACAUCUACGUGGCCAGCUGCAAUGCUGAGUGCAGCUGCAACGUGGACCAGUGGGACCCUGUCUGUGGGGAUAAUGGGAUUACCUACAUGACAGCCUGCUUUGCAGGGUGUAAAUCAUCAUCUGGGACAGGAAGGAAUAUGGUGUUUCACAAUUGCAGCUGUGUGGAUGGACAAGGGCUCGGGCUUGGCAAUUCCUCUGCAGUUUUGGGACAGUGCCAAAGAGAAAGCUGUACCAAAGCCUUUCCCUAUUUUUUAGCAUUACAGACUGCAUGUGCAUUUUUUUUAGCCUUAGGAGGCACUCCUACAUACAUGAUUAUGUUUAGAUCUGUUUCACCAGACCUGAAAUCCUUUGCUGUUGGGAUAGAAACUUUGGGUGGUAGAGUACUAGGAGGACUCCCAGCCCCUAUUUAUUUUGGUGCCUUGAUAGAUGAGACCUGCUUGAAAUGGGGGACAAAAAGCUGUGGGGGAUCUGGAUCCUGCCGAGUGUAUGACACAAAGGAGUUCAGGAAUGUCUAUCUUGGCCUCAUUGCAGGACUACGGGCAGGAUGCUGUCUCUUGUACAUAGUGCUCUUUGUUUUAAUUAUGAAACGCUUCAAAUCAGAUGGAAAAGAGAUGACAGAUAUUAAAAAUGCAGAAAGAUCAACCAGCAAAGAAGUGGAUACUGCCAAUAAAAGAGAAAUUCUUCCUGGUUCAAGAACCUCAGAGGAGAGUGAGGAAACUUACAUGUGAAGAAGAAACAAGGCCUUCUGUAACUUUGCAUAUGCUUCAGUUUUUCUGAGCGCAAAAGGAGUCUAAUUACUGGCUUCAACAACUAGUUUACAUUUUGGGAGUUCAAAAAGUAUCUUUGAACAUUGGCUUCUUAUUUGCUUUAUCCAAUCUUCUUCCUUUUCUCGUGUGAAACAACAAUAAGGGGUAAAGGUGUUCAAAAUUCUGGGGAACUCUCCCAUCUUCUUGCUCCCGGUCCCUUUCUAAACCAACAGUAGGACAAGCCAAAAUUUUUCAAGUGUCACAAAUGUGAUUAUGAUUGAAAAAUUAAGAAGAAGAAGAAAUCCACAAUAAGCUGCUUUGACAUUUUUCACUGAGUUUAUUUCAAGUCCUCUUGCUCUGUAUUUAGGGUU